AUGUUCCGCAGCAAGCUCUCCUCGCCUUCGUCAGUCACACUCGGGGAGAGAGGCGAUACUUUGCUGAUUGCCCACAGCGGUCUCAGGAAUCAACCUUGGACGGGCAAGGCCCAGGAGCCUCCGUCUUUCGAGCAAGUCGCGUUGAAGUAUGGGACCGACAAGGUCACGGGCCACAGCUACCAAUACAUGUACAACAAGUACCUCGCACCCAUGAGGAAUUCGCCGCUGAAGAUGCUGGAGAUUGGGCUCGGCUGCAACAUGGUGCGUGCUCAUGGGUACCUGCCUCCUCAUCUGCACCGCGUGACAUCGUACUACACUUGGCUCGAGUACCUGCCCAACGUCGAGUUGUACUAUAUUGAAUCGGAUGCAGCAUGCGCGGCCAAAUACGAACGUGAGACGGCCAAUGCUCACGUUUACACGGGGGACCAGGCGGAUGUGGCCUUUCUGGAGCGGUUCGCCUUGGAGACCGCCCAGGGAGGCCAAUUCGAUGUCAUUGUCGACGACGGGGGUCACACUAUGGAGCAACAGCUCACGUCACUCACACAUCUUUGGCCGACGGUGAAGCCUGGCGGCAUCUAUGUCAUAGAAGACCUCCAGACAAGCUACUGGGAGGGUUACGGAGGUGACCCAAUGACGACUCGCAGAGCAAAGCAUACGACAGUCAAGCAACUCUUUCGGGUCGUGGACGAUAUCAUGACUGGACGUAAUUCAUUGACGAUGAGUCGCGACGUACUAUCGGUAGAUUGCAUGGCGGAAAUUUGCACUCUACAGAAGAGCCAAGUCUCGCAGUGA